ACGAUGAGCACCUUCUUCACCUCCUCACACAAGAGUCCACCCCUAAAGUAGUAACAUAACUAUCUAGCUGAUUAGUUGCUCGACCAUGACGGUCAAUACACUCUUGUUGGUGGAUGUGCAACGUGACUUUCACCCCGGUGGGAGUUUGGCCAUUCCUACUGCAAACGAAGAUGCCGAACGCAUAGCGUCGUUGAUUCGUACCCAUUCCACCAACAUUCAUCGGAUCGUGGCGACGCUGGAUUCGCAUCACAAAUUGCACAUUGCCCAUCCUCAGUUUUGGACCAACGAUGCCGACGAGUGUCCUUCUCCUUUUACCAUUAUUCCCGCGGCAGACAUUGAGAGUGGCAAGUGGAAACCCCGUCCCACGGUGAAAUUGCCCAUGGACCAAUUGUUUGACAAGACCAUUUUUGACAAACCAGAAUCGGUCCUGACGGAAGAUGGCACUCAAAUUGACGUCACCAAGUACUGUUUGGAAUACGCGCGUCGAUUGGAAGCCGGAGGUCGGUUCCAAAUUUGCAUAUGGCCCGAACACUGUCUCAUUGGCACGGAAGGACAUGCCAUGGUCCCGUCGGUCCGUCAAGCACUCGAUGAGUGGAGUGUCCAAACAGGCGGCAGCGUGGAAUUUGUCAUGAAGGGACAAAAUCUACUCACCGAAAUGUACUCGGCAUUGGCAGCCGAUGUCCCCGUGUCGCCCGAGACGGCCUUUAACGAAAAACUUCAGGCGUCUCUACUGCAAAAAUCCGACAAAUUGCUCGUCUGUGGACAAGCCAUGAGUCACUGCGUCAAUUACACCGUCCGCGAUAUUGUCCAACACGGAGCCAAACAAGACGCCGCCAAAAUUGUGCUAUUGACGGAUUGUGCUUCGGCCGUGCCUGGAUUUGAAGCGGCGGCGGAAACAUUUCAAACCGACAUGAAAAAUGCGGGAGUGGUCUUGCUGGAAUCCACCAGAGUUGCGGAUGUCUUGUCGGCCUAGACAAUCUAGAUUACGGUACUAGCCUGGCUAGCUGGCUAGUCAUGAGAUGAAGGAUUACUAGAAAGAGAAAACAACUCUAGUAGUUUUGCGGAGAAUGUUGUGUUUCGAACCAAAACAACCGAGAUGCUCUCUUUUCUGAUCACCUCAUAACUCUCCUGGCUAAGCUAGCUAGACAUAUUCUUGAGAAGUUUUCAUGUUUCUUCCUGAGUCGAAAGCAACAGCUUCGUCCUUUGCAGCUACCACCUGGUACCCUAAACAGCCAUUUAUCGCG